UUAAAGAGUCGGGGACAAGGGUUCAGGGAGGGAAGAAGGUUUGAGAGGAGUCAGACUUAGGUCCUAGAGAGCCGCAGUGAACGGGCGCUUUGAAAGAAAAAUCUGAGGGGCUCCAGAGUGGAAAGAGUUUGAGGAGGCUUAGAUUUGUGUCCCAAGGACACUCAGAAUGGGGGCUCCGAAAGGGCUGAGGUCGAAGAAGCGUCCCCCGCCUCAGAGAGCCGUCAUUCAUCGUUGCAGGUCUGAAGUGGGGUCUCAAAUUAAGGACUGGGUGCAAGGAGUUGGUGUCGAUGGAGGAGCAGGACGUCAGGGUUCCAGCUCUGGAACCAUUCAGGGUGGAACAGGCACCACCUGUAAUCUACUAUGUACCUGACUUCAUCUCCAAGGAAGAGGAAGAGUAUUUGCUUCGACAGGUUUUCAAUGCCCCAAAGCCAAAGUGGACCCAGCUUUCUGGGAGGAAGCUACAGAACUGGGGUGGGCUCCCCCAUCCUAAGGGGAUGGUCCCUGAGCGACUGCCCCCGUGGCUCCAGCGCUACGUGGAUAAAGUGUCUGAUCUCAGCCUUUUUGGGGGUCUCCCUGCUAACCAUGUCCUCGUGAACCAGUAUCUGCCUGGGGAGGGCAUCAUGCCCCACGAGGAUGGACCACUCUACUACCCGACCGUCAGCACCAUCAGCCUGGGCUCCCACACCAUGCUGGAUUUCUAUGAACCUCGGCAGCCAGAGGAUGAUGACCCUAUAGAACAGCCCCGGCCACCACCCCAGCCCACUACCUCACUGUUGCUGGAACCGUGCAGCCUGCUGGUGCUCCGUGGUACUGCAUACACACGCCUCCUGCAUGGCAUCGCAGCCACCCAGGUAGACGUGCUGGACACUGCCUCACUGCCACCCAAUGCGGCUGCCUGCAGGUCGGCACUGCCUGGAGCCCACCUGGUGCGCGGCACCCGAGUCUCGCUGACCAUCCGCCGUGUACCCCGAGUACUACGCACUGGUCUCCUGCUCAGCAAGUGACUGCCAGGCUCCAGGAAUGGGUGGUGCCACACCUGCCCCUGGGCCUCUGGCAGCUUCAGACCUGAGUGAGUCCUGCUGAGGAAGUCUAGGAGACACCAUUAUUAGGCAAAAGGCUCUUAACAGGUGUCUUCACCUGAUUCUUUGU